AUGUCGAAUUGUCAGGGUAUCGAGACUGGAUUCGACUUUAUUGUGGGUGCAGAAGGUGCCUGGAGCAAGACCCGCAAGCUUGUAUCGGAUCAAACGCCAAAUUAUUCUAGAAUUUUCAGUAUCUCAUUCGAGAUCCCCAAUGCGAAAGAGACAGCACCCGAGUGCUAUAAGCUCACAAACUGUAGAUCUCUGUUCUCCUACACCGCUAGCCGAGCUAUCAUGCCACAGUAUCUAGGAGAUGGUAGCAUCGAAGUUGGUGUCUAUAUUACACAACCUCAUGAUUGGGCUGAGAAUCUUUCAUUGAAUACCCAGAACAUUGAGGCCAUUAAAAAGGUCAUCCUGGAUGAGUUUGAGGGCUGGGCGCCUGAACUGCUGCAAUUCAUUCGACAUAGUCAGAAUGCAGAAUUCCGUCCACUUUAUAUGCUCCCUGUCGGCUGGACGUGGGAGAAUCGCCCCGGUGUAACUUUGAUUGGCGAUGCGGCACAUGUCAUGACACCUUUUGCUGGUCAGGGAGUGAACCUGGGAAUGCAAGACGCCAUGAUGUUGUCUCGUGCAAUUAUCAAGGGAGCCAACUCGCCAGCUCCCAAAGAUGCUUUAUCAAACGAGAUCAAAUCAUUCGAGAAAGACCUCUUUAUCCGGGCUAAAGAGACCGCAACUUUGACGAAUGAUCUGAGGACCAUGUUUUUUUUCAGCGGCCUGCUUCGAUCCGUCAUUGAACAGGUUGUUUUGCGUAAAUGA